CCCGCCAGGGCUGGAGGCAGGCGCUCACGGCGAACGCCACCGUCUCAUCGGGGGAGCGGGGGCUGUCCCGGGUGAGGGUGAGUGGCGCGGCUCCAAGCCACAAGGGGCGGAGGGGCACCGGACAAGCGGAAAGCAGCGGGACAGACAGAAGGGGGCCGAGCUUUGGCUCCCGUAGUCUCGUGGCGGGCCAGUCGCGGAGCCCAGAGUAGCAAGCAACCUACACCUCCAGGCGGGAAGCCCAGGGAAGGAGCUGCGAGACGCCAGGCGUGCGGCCCAGGAGCGGCAGGGAAAAGGGAUCCACUGGGGCACAAGAGUGGAAACGUCAGGACCCUCGGCUGCAGCCGCCCACGCGCUGAGGGAGCCACACCAGAGCACCAGUGGGGCCCAGAGCCCAGCGGGGCGCGGGAACAGGGGCGCCCCCGUGCGGAGCUGCCGGCCGCCUAGGAGCGGCGGCCCGGGCCAUGCUCAAGCCCAAGGACCUGUGCCCCCGAGCGGGUACGCGCACCUUCCUGGAGGCCAUGCAGGCGGGCAAAGUGCACCUGGCCCGCUUUGUACUGGAUGCGCUGGACCGCAGCAUCAUCGACUGCCGCGCGGAGCAGGGCCGCACGCCGCUCAUGGUGGCGGUGGGGCUGCCGGACCCCGCGCUGCGCUCCCGCUUCGUGCGGCUACUGCUGGAGCAGGGUGCGGCCGUGAACCUGCGGGACGAGCGCGGCCGCACAGCGCUCAGCCUGGCGUGCGAGCGCGGCCACCUGGACGCUGUGCAGCUGUUGGUGCAGUUCAGCGGCGACCCCGAAGCGGCCGACUCGGCGGGCAACAGCCCAGUGAUGUGGGCGGCGGCGUGCGGCCACGGGGCGGUGCUCGAGUUCCUGGUGCGCUCUUUCCGCCGCCUCGGCCUGCGCCUCGACCGCACCAACCGAGCGGGUCUCACGGCGCUGCAGCUGGCAGCCGCUCGCGGCCACGGGACCUGCGUGCAAGCCCUCACCGGGCCCUGGGGCCGCGCAGCUGCCGCCGCCGCGGCCCGGGGCUCCAACUCCGACAGCCCCCCCGGCCGUCCGGCUCCCGCGCCCAGCCCGGAGCGCCGACGACCCAGCCCCCGCCGCUUACCUCGGCCUCUCCUGGCGCGCUUUGCGCGAGCUGCCGGCGGCCACGGUCAUGGCGGCGAGGCUGGGUCAGGGGGCAAGGGCUCUGGCCGGCACCGCGCACAGGGCAGCGAGAGGCCCGAGCUGGGCCGGAGCAUGAGCCUGGCGCUGGGUGCUGUAACCGAGGAGGAAGCGGCUCGGCUGCGGGCGGGAGCACUGAUGGCCCGACCACACUCGCCCCAGUCUUCAGGGACCGGGCGGUGGCGUUCGCAGGAGGUGCUGGAGGGAGCGCCUCCGACCUUAGUGCAAGCCCCCAUUGGCCUGAGCCCCCACCCGGAGGGCGGCCCCGGCUCUGGCCGUUUGGGUUUGCGCCGACGCUCCACAGCUCCAGACAUCCCCAGCCUGGUCGGGGAGGCCUCAGGGCCCGAAAGCGGCGCGGAGUUAGAGGCCAACGCUCUGCCCCACUCGGUGCCUGGGCCUCAGCCUUGGCAGGGGGCCACGGAGGCCGUGGUGCUGCACGCUCAGCGGUAAACAGCGUCGAGGUUGAGCCCUGCUCCCCCUCCUCUUAUGUCUCUUCUCUGCUGGGAUUUCUUUUUUCCAGGUCCUUCACUUUCCUGGCAGUUUCCCUGGCCUGUGAUCCCAUAAUCUGUCCCCACUGCCCAGACCA